AAAAAAUAGAAAAAAGCAGUCAAUGCCAAUCAAUUAAUUUUAAUUGGAGGUGCGCCCAAUCAAUUAAUUUUAAUUGAUGCUUUGUCCAAUCAAUUAAUUGGUCACAAAUAAUUGCAAUUAAUUGAAACUCAAUUUUUGACAACCCUUGCUGGAUUGAUUCAAAAUGGCGGACGACGAAAAGACCGAAAAUUGUGAAGAAAGCUCCGAGAAAGAUGAUACCGCCGAUUCUCCCCUUGCUAACGGAGUCUUUGAAUCGAGUGAAUUCAAAAAUUCUGCCGUUAAUACAAGCAAUAACAAAAAGAAAAAGAAAAAAGGGAAAAAGAAAGAUGAAUCCACAUCGGUUUUGCCAUCACCCCAAGCUCUAGCACAACUGCUAAAGGCGGUGGGUCGAUUACGUUUUAAUGAAGCUAUCAAUGGGUGAAAAGGAAAAGGAAAAAAUGCGAAUGUGUUUGAGAAAAAGUACGAGUUUUGGGAUACACAGCCGGUUCCGAAAUUGACGGAGGUUUGUCUUGAAAAUCGUGCAGUUGAAGAUGAUAAAAAAUUGAAGACAUUAGGCAAGAUGAAUAUUCGCUCCCUAAUGGAUUUGAAUGGGCAACUUUGGAUAUUGAUGACGAGAUGCAGCUGAAAGAAUUGUAUCAACUAUUGAAUGAAAAUUAUGUUGAAGAUGAUGACAAUAUUUUUAGAUUUGAUUAUUCCCUGGACUUUCUAAAGUGGGCGCUGAAACCACCUGAAUGGAAAAAACAAUGGCAUUGUGGUGUACGUGUUUCUUCAAACAAAAAAUUAGUUGGCUUCAUUAGUGCUGUACCUGCAACAAUCAAUAUUUAUAACACAGUUAAGAAAUGCGUUGAGAUCAAUUUCCUUUGCGUACACAAGAAACUUCGGGAAAAACGUGUCGCCCCAGUCCUUAUCCGUAAAAUAACAAGACGAGUAAACUUGCAGGGAAUAUUUCAAGGCGUGUACACUGCUGGAGUUGUCUUACCUAAACCAGUCUCCGCAUGUCGGUAUUGGCACAGAUCACUUAAUCCAAAGAAGCUUGUUGACUGCAAGUUUUCAAAUCUUAGCAAAAAUAUGACGAUGUCAAGGUUGAUAAAGUUGUACAAGUUGCCAGAGAUUUGGUCUGAUUAGACUCUCCCGCCCGCUUUAUAUACGUAGCUGCAAAUUUUAAAACAGGAGGGAUUGUUAAAGCUCAUCCGAGUCAUACAACGAACUGUCCGAGGAAUUCAAUGACAUUUUUCGACGAGAAGCUGCAUGGUCAUUUUACAUAGUUUAAUAGAUAAUGGAUAAAGACGAACAAUUAAACAACAAUGUUGUGGUUGAAGUUAUACUAUACUCUAUACGUAAGUAUACAACUGUUCUGUUAUAGUGUUCAUUUAUCAAGGGUUUUACUUCACAAUAACCCAUUAUAUGAUACAUUUAUGUAGUAAAAAAUUAUUUUGUAGAUAAAUUAUAGUGCAUGUUGUGUUUCUCUUCACCAAAUGCAAGAACGGCACACCUCUUAAAAAAUCCUUUGACUUCUAAUAUGUGACAAUGAAAGCAGUUACGACGAUUGUUGAUAAAAUGGUAUAUUUUUAAGGCUCAA